AUGAAUACCAACGAAUUGUUCCUCUUCUGCUCCCGACUCAGGAGAGUAGACCAGAAGCUCAAGGAGAUGAGGAGCAUCUACCAGGGAUCAGGUUUCCCCACUUCUGACCAGACUGGGGGGAAGUUAUCUGCUUUACUUCAGUCUGUUGUAUUUCUCCUGUACAAAUAUCCAGCUCUCAACUCCCGUUGUGUGCAAGAGGCUAUGACUACCCUUAUACACGGAGUGCGAGUUUCAGAUACCAGCACACCAAGUGGCUCCUCGGAGGGUCGGAAGAGAUUCAGUGAAAUAUUCCGAGAUUUGGAUGCACUGGAGAUAAGCCUUGGAAACGAGACGGUGGAAAUGUUCUUGAAUGAUUCAGAGCAGUUGGAAUCCCAUCCAGAUGAGGAAGAGGAGUCACUGAUCAGCACACCGUUGGAGCUAUCACGGACAUCAGCUGAUCACGUUGAGGAAGCUGAUGAUGUCCUGCUGCACAGUGAAGGUGGAGUGGAGUCAGCACUCAACUAUGCAAAGCGUUGGUGCAAAUACAUCAGGGAGGUGUUGGGGUAUAUGGAGAAAAGACUCAACUAUGAAAUUGAGUUGGCUAAGAACACCGUGAAAUUGUCCGAGUCCACAAGGCUCAUCUUCACCCAGCAGGCUUCCAUGCCUUUACAAGGAGUCUACCUCUUGCUCAUGGACCAUGAAACCCACACGGCAAACGCUGCUAUUGAUAUGGUGGGCCAGUUACAGAUGAAGAAAUAUUACCAGCCACUGUCUGCAAAGAAGACAGAAAUUGAAAAAUGGAGGAAAGAAUUCCGGGAGCAGUGGCAGAGAGAGCAGAAACGAAUGAUGGACUCAUGUGCAGCACUGCGCAAGUCUCGACAACUAUACAUCCAACGCUGUGAUGACCUAGAGAAGGCAAAACUACUAAGUGCAAAGAUAGAGGAAGAACAGAUUGCCAGCGGCCACACAGGAAGUGCAAACAAACUUGUCGAGAAGAGAAGGAAGUCGCGGGAGGAGGCCCAGUCCAAGGCCAUAGAAGCAGAGGCAUCCUACCGUUCCUGUGUACAGGAGGCCAAUGCCCGCUCCCAGCAGCAAGAAAAGGUCAGAGAAAGAAUUGUAUCACAUAUCAGGAAGUUGAUCAUCCAGGGGGACCAAGUGCUGAAGGAGGUGACCAUGAACCUCUUGCGUAUGAAGCAAUCGCAGUUUGAGGCUAUUCCUUGUGGUUAUGGGGACCUGCUGACUACGUGUGACCCCUAUGAGUCUGGGACGAGAUACCUGCAGUUCAUAUUGACUCUGCCACGGAAACACACAGAUCCUGAGAAAUUCACCUUCGAGGAGUAUAUCCCAGCAUGCCAAAGGUCGCCAUCUGUUGGUAGGAGGAAGAAUGCAGUGCAGCUUGUCAGAGUCUCCUCCUCUUUAUCUGAACUCUAUGCAAAGACAGAGGAUGGAAUAUUAAAGAUAUCUGCAGGGGAAAGGGGAUCAUGGGGCAGUAAGAUCCCCAGCAGUGAUUCAGAGAGCAUGGGUGGUACCAGCGAAUCCAGAUCUCAAGAGUCUCCAAGCGACAGCCCAGGUGACUUUGUCAGAAGAGUACCUAAAGCCUCCUCCACGGGUACUAUGUCUUCUGAUGAUCUAGAUGAGAGAGAUUCCUUCAAUGCAGAGGAUGUUGACUCAACAGAUGCCACUUCUGAGAAUGGUUUGCCACUGCACAGCAUGGACAGGCUGGGGGUCCUGUCACUGGCUGCCCAAAGUCAUCGUUUUAAGAGGACGAGAGUUCCCACCAAGUGCAGGGAGUGCGAGAACUUUAUGGUUUCUGGUGUGGAGUGUGAGGAGUGCUUCCUGACCUGCCACAGAAAGUGCCUGGAGAACCUGCUAAUAAGGUGCGGCCAUCGAAAGCUUCCUUCUAAAGUGCCCCUGUUUGGCGUAGACUUCAGCCAGUUUCCUCGGUACUUUCCGGAAGAGGUUCCUUUCAUCAUUGUUAGAUGUACUGCAGAGAUUGAACAACGGGCACUGGGGCAACAGGGUUUGUACCGUAUCAGCGGAGCCAAAGCUCGGGUGGAGAAGCUUCUGCAAGCAUUUGAGAAUGGCAGAGAUCUGGUGGACCUUUCGGGCCAUUCACCACAUGAUAUAACAAGUGCACUCAAGCAUUUUCUGAAACAGCUCCCAGACUCGGUUGUCCCUUAUCACCUUUAUGAGCAAUUUAUGGCUUUUUCAAGAGAAUUCCUGGAGGACACCAAGGAGAAUGAAACUGGGAACGAUGCUAUUCAUCAAAUGAAGGAUCUUCUAUGCAGCAUGCCUCACAGUAACUACAACACACUUCGUCAUCUCACAGCCCAUCUGUACAGAGUUUCAGAGAGGUUUGAGGAUAACAAGAUGAACCCUAAUAAUCUGGGGAUAAUCUUUGGACCGACUCUGAUUCGUCCACUGCCUGGUCAGGACAUAUCCGUGAACUGUCUGAUUGACACCGGGUACCAAUCCCAGGCAGUUGAAUUCCUUAUAAACAACUAUGAGAAGAUCUUUGGGAUGGAUGACUUGCCCUCUACUAGGCCCCAGAAUUCUGAGGAGGAGGCAGCAGACGUGGGAGGAGCAGAGGCAGCAGAAGUGGGAGGAGCAGAGGCAGCAGAAGUGGGAGGAGCAGAGGAUUCAAGAGGGUCCUUUGUCAUUAAGGAAGUAACAGAGACUUCAUCAGACGGGGGUCUACCAGGUAUAUCAGAAAAGUGCAACUCAACAACAGCAAAUGUACUACAGAUGGCGACAGACUCCCUCAUGAUGUGAAAGAAGACCAAGAAGCGGAAAACGCCACAUAUUCCAGGAAUCACUUCAGUCGCCUGCCAAUAAAGCUUGUGCGUAUGGAACAGACAAAGACUGAAGGAGCAGAGACUGAUGGAGAAGCAGAGGAUGAAGAAGGAUAAAGCCCAUGAGCCAGGGGUUGAGUUGAGGGUGUUGAGGGGUUUAAUGGCCGAGUUUAUAUAUAUCCUCACGAGGGAACUGAGAAACCAAACAAGUCCCAUCUAUGAAUUAUAGAGCUUUAUUUUUUUAAAGUAUCAAAGCAGAGUUCAGCCCACUGGAAAUGCACUAUGGAACCGAAGGGAUUAUCACUCUGUGUGGCUCUUGCACUCAUUGUCGUCCAGAUUCUCUACAGUAUUUUCUCAUUUGUAAAUCACUGGAUAUAAUAUUGCUAUUCUAUAUGAAAUAUAUAAAUAAAAGAAUACAUAGGAGCCAG